UCGUUUCGUGCAUCCUGUUUCGAUACACCUAGAGACACAAGAGCGUUUGGACUAUUUUACUUGGCGCGUUACUACUACUGUUAGUAGUGUCUCUCCUACUUUGCUGACUCUAACUACACGUUUACCUGGCAUUGUUCAAUGGUGUUUCGGGAAUCGCCGGGUGACGGAGAACUUCCCGGGGAGAUCCGCAUUUGACAAGAAGUAUGCCAGAGACAGAUGUCGGUGCUUGCACGUUCGUGAUCAGGAGAAGCUGUAUUACAGCUAACCAAAAGUUAAAAACCUCCCCUGAGCUGAAACAGCACACGUGCUGGCUACUUACCGCUGUUGUCCGUGGUUUCUCGCGUUCAGUGCCAGAGCCCAGCACUCCAUGUCUGCCAGCUAAGGCCACAUGUUAAUAUUCAAGUUUUACCCAGUUGCUGCCUUGCUCCUCGUGCACAGUCUUCAGUGGAUGUCAUGCCAAGCUGUCUACAAAAGUUCUGAGGGACGGAUAGAUGAGCUGAUUUCAUUGCCAAAAAAGGACGUUAGGAACGGUAUCAUUCGUUAUCAUAAGUUAUACCACAACUGCACAGGUCAUCACGUACGGAUUACACCGGUGAAGAGGAAAAGAAGAAGAAAGAAAUCCAAGAACAAAUGUGGUCGAUUUAAAGCUAUAGGGAAGAGUGAUGAUAGUUAUAUAACCCUAGUGUUUGAAUCCAAAACGAUCAAAGGCUUGUCGGGUAUAACCAUUCGGGAAAAGAGAACAAACAACUACUUGUGUUUCAAUAACAAAGGCAAACCGAUAGCUAUGUGCAGUGGUGAUCGCCUGCGGUGCUUGUUUGAGGAAGAUAUUCAAGACGAUUUCUCCAUAUUCAGGCUAGUGCGGAAUAAGAAAAAGUGGUACCUUGGAUUCAGCACGCGAGGAAAGCCGCUGCCAAGCAGAAAGUUCCGUCGAAAACGAUUUCGGAAAUGUUUUAGAUUUAUGAAACGAGAUAAUGAUUUCUCCAGCAACAGGAGCAGUGGGCCUAAUUUAGGAAAUAACACCAAUCUUUUUCAUACUUUAGCAAACGAAACCCUCAGUAGAAAGCUGUGGUCAAAAACAAGAAGAAACCAGCGUUGGUAUUCCGGAUAA